AUGUCCCGAAUACCGGCCGGGAACGGCUCGCUCGACGAUCUCGAGGCCGGCACUCUCCCUCCGAACGAGUAUGGCUCUCCGCAGGGCGCACGACCGGGACGCUCCAUGUAUGCCUUGACUCGGAGUGAGAUCACGCGGGGACUGGCGAACAGAUUCGUGCAUUCGCGCGCCUAUAUUCUACUGUACUUGUGUACGGCAGCGCUUAGUGCAACGACCGUCGUGCUCUCGCUCAAGGACGGCUGCCCUGGUGUACCCUUCUACAUCCUCGAGGUCAUCGUCAAUGUCACUAUGAUUGGCGAGGUUGCCGUGCGAUUCCUCUCAUUCGGACGCGCGUUCUGGAAGUACCCUUUCAACGUGUUCGAUGCGAUUGUGACCGUGUUCAGUGUCGUCACCUUGAUGGUCAUCUUCUUCGCUGGGUGCGGCACAGCAACGAAGGAAGAGGAGAUUCUCGACACACUGCUACUUGUGGCGCGUAACGUCCUCCAGUUCGGCCGUCUCGCGAGCGUCGUCAGACAAUCCGGUCAAAGCAUAUGGGCCCGUCCCAAACCCAUCGAUCUCAACGCGGCGCGGCGUGCAGGCUUCAGCGUCGAUAUGGAUCUCCCGUCCGACGACGAGUCAGACGAGCUUCGUGCACCACUGCGCGCAUCGAACGGUGCCCCCGCGGAUGUCGUGUUCGAUGCGGGGCCUACAGGCCGAGAGGCAUGGGGAGGGGAGCGCGAUAUGCCGCAUGCCGCGGCCGCGAACAAGAAUAGAGAUGACGAGGAUAUGUGGGCCGAGCUCGGGUGA